AUGCCAAGUUACCGAUGGUUGAUGUUCGAAACAAAAGAAAAGUCUCAAGAAAGAAUGCGACAAAUGUUAUUAACACGUUUUCAACGUCAGAAAGCUGGAAGAAAAUCUUAUCACGAAUUAUGUCCAGACAUAAUAACUGAAUUAAAAAGUGUAUUAAAUACACAUAGUGGUUCUGCUCAAGAUAGACGUCGUGACGAUGCAGUACGUUUCAACGGCUUAUCGACAGUUGAUUGUACUAAACAUAUUAAAAAGCGGCUAAUGAAAAAAUAUUCAAGAAUCAAUAAAAUAUCAAAUUCUACUGUUCGUCGUUAUUUUUUACCGCCAAAAAAUAAUAUUCAAAGUAGCAAAUACUACAAAAGUCAUAUAUUAGCAAAAAUUCCACAAAAACGUAAUUCCCAGUCAAUAAAAGAACAUAUUGAUUUUCAUUUUACAUGUUCGCAAGUCAAUUAUGUGGAAGAAUUGUCUAGUUUAUACAGCGACGAAAUAUUAGCACUGUCCUGUGAUAAUAAAGCAAAAAUACCAUUAGGUGCACCAGCCGUGAGUCGUUAUGUACGAAGCAGAAAAUUUCAUCUAGUUGAAAAUCAGCCAAAUUUACCUGAUCAUGAUUUUCCAAGACAUGGUAUUCGAAUCAAUCCAUCGGCAUAUGUUGUUUUAUCAAACACACGGCAACGUUCAUCUAGUGUUGAUAGUCAUCCAUCAUGUGAAUUAACAAUCAAGAAAAGAUCAAGAUCAUGUGAUAUUCAAUUAUUUCCAGAUAUAAAGCAAUGUAAUAUUCUGACGAGCGAUAAAAGAAAUUUUGAUCAUGUUAUAUGGAGUAGAACAGGAAAGCUAUUUAUUCGUCCAUUUGGUUCUGGAACUGAUCGAUUAAAUAAAGCAACAAGUGAAGUUCAUAUAAAUAAUAUACAACAAAUAACAUCAGAAAAUAAUAUGCUAUUUCAUAAAAGUAUUAUUACAAUGAUAUCUGAUAACGGACCAGAUUGGAGUACUGAUUGCAUGGCGAACAUAUAUAACUUAGGACGACUUUGGGAGGAACAAAGACUCGAUGCUCUGAUAUGGGUCAGCUAUGCUCCAGGACAUAGUCGUUUUAAUCCAAUUGAACGUAUGUUCUCCAGAUUAACUGAUCUGUUACAAGGUGUUAUUAUUGAUUUGGAUACAUCAUUUAAAGAUAAAUCGCAGCAAAUGGAUGUGGCAUUAAUUGACUUAUGUAAAUACUGGAAUAAUACAAGUUAUUGUAAUUAUAAAAUCGAUUGUCGUCCGAUGUUUUCUGUUAAUGCAAAUUUAUUUGAAGGACAUGAUGAAUUAAAGAAUUUACUAAUGAAUAAAUCACAAAUACAAAUACAAAAAAAUCCAAAUGUUCAAUUUAGUUUACAACUCUACCUACGUCAUUGUGUUCGUUCCACGUAUUAUAUAUCAUUUAUUAAAUGCAAUGAUAAACAUUGUGUACAUUGUUCUCGUUAUCCAAUUCGUUCUACAAAAACAAUAUCUUUACUUCGUGCCGGUGGUGGAUAUAUUCCUUGGCCAACAAUGACAUAUAGUAAUCAACAUUAUGAUACAUUUUUACAAAGAUCACAUUCUAUCUUAUCCGGUGAAAAAAAAUCUUUAUCCAGAUGA